CUAUAACUCCCAAUUGUUGCCAAUCCGCUACUUGUGACAUUCACCUGGUUCUACCAAUCCACAGACCAGAAUCCCUCUCCGGAAAUAUUUCAAAAGUGGGACAGUGGACUGAAGAACAACGGCUCUCCGUUAUAAACACUUCAACUGUCGGAAUCUUCCGAUAAACCCUUGUAGACGAAAGCAACAAAACAACCAUCAGCUCCCCACAGUACCCCACAGAUAAACAAACAUCGCACGUUGAUGUACUGCCGAAGUCGCACCUGACAGCAGCGGUCCGCACACCCCGUCAUCCAUCACCUAUCGAACUUUCUUAUUCCAACGCCUGUCAUGUCGUCAGACCCCUCGGAACUGAUUCAUUACGGCCCCGGUCGACUCCAGACUUAUACCAUCUGGCGCCCUCCUCCUUCCCCAACGUCAGCCCCGCAAUCGUCUACCUCCACAGAAAACCCACCAUUAUGGAUCUUAUACGUCCACGGUGGUGCCUGGCGCGACCCUCUCCAAUCCAGCGCAAACAUCCUCCCAACACUACAACACCUUACCAGCACCACCUCUUCCAAACCCGCCCUCGCAGACCCCACACGCCUCGCGGCAGUCGUAAGCAUCGACUACCGUCUCUCCCCAUACCCAACACAUCCCACAGCUCCCAGCACCACCUCCGAUGAUCAACGCAAUGUACGCCACCCUUCCCACGUCCGCGACCUCGCAUCCGCCGUAGCGCACUUGAAAGCCGAACACGGGAUGCAGCGCUGGAUCGGCGUCGGGCACUCGUGCGGCGCGAGCAUGUUACUGCACUACGUUUCCGGCCAAGGCCUUUCUCCCACCUCCUCCUCUACUGGAUUCUCGUACCCUGGUUUCAGCUUGGAAACCAGGAAUAACGGACUAGAAGGUCUGAUUCUCCUCGAGGGCAUCUAUGAUAUCCCUAGACUUUUGGCAAACCACUCCCCUCCUGUAUGUCCUGCCGAGAUCGCCGGGAUCUACCGCACUUUUGUACGCGGCGCGUUUGGUUCCGAGGGUCUUCGUGAUGGGGAGGAUGGUGGGGAUGGUGGGGAUGACGGGGAAGCGUAUGCUGCUUUUUCUCCUGCCAAUGGCUCGUUUACGAGGGAGACGUGGGCGGAUGGGAGAUUGGUCGUGGUUGCGUAUAGUGGGGAGGAUGAGUUGGUUGAGCGGGAACAAGGCGAGAUUCUGCUACGGAGGUUGAAGAAGGAGGAGUGGGUUGAGAAUGGCAAGGACGGGGAAAGGGUGGUGGAGGUUAAGGAACUGAGAGGUACGCAUGAUUUCAUGUGGAGGGAUGGAUCGCAGAUUGCUGCCUUGAUUGGUGAGGUUGUGGGGAGGCUUUAG